AUAUAAACAUUGAACGUUACGGUAAAGUUAGUUUUACUUUGGCCGUUGAGUGAGUUGGACGUGUGACGCGUGCUGCGCCUGCACCUGCAUAUUCUUUGAAAACACUGCCCGAAAACAAAACUCACACAUACAGGUGCCGAGUGUGUGUUGGUGUUGAUGUUAGUAGUGUCGCGUACGUGUGAGUGUAAAUAAAACACAGUCAGCUGUGAGUUUUGUUCGCCUCAGUGUCGUGUAUUAGCAAAAAGUGUGAAAAUAAAUGCAAAUACAUAAUAACAACACACACAGACGCACAUAUUUAAUUGAUACAUGUGUAUAUAAAUAAUAAGCAUAAAUUACAAAUUAAUAGCGUGAAUAUUUUGGUUAGUACCAAUAAGAGAGCGUGUCUAAGCGAAUCAAAGCAAGUCCAAGUUCAGUGUAACGUUGUGUGUUUUAUGAAUUUAAUAAUUGCUGUUCCUGCCUGCCAGCCUGACGCAUAUGGCGCGCUUUAAUUCACGGCUAAAAUUUUGACAGCCGCAGCAGCAAGACGGACAGAGCGACGUUGAGAAGCUGGCGUCAGUUAUCAGCAAAUUGAUAAGCAAACCUAAGCAGUUGAACGCGCAACAGAGAAGACUGUGAAAUUGACUUGAAGCAAGACUGAGCAGACAUAUCAGAGCCGCACACAUAUCCUGCAUACAUUGAAUGUUACACAUACGCAACGUGCGCCAAGCAAGCGCAUAACCUUAAGCAUAGACAGACAAGCAAAUUGACUACACACACACACACAUAGACAGCAAUUUAAAAGCAAACAUGGCAUUUCUUUGGCGUCGUCGCUCCACCACAAUUGUUAAGCUCGUGGCUUUAAUGCUCGCCAUUUGGUUUUGCAUUGCUUUUCUCAUCUACACGGACGAUACACGUCGACGUGCUGCGCAGGAUAACAAUAGCGGCUACGCUUCGUUCAUGGACACUGGCACUGGUGGUGGUGCUGCCGCUGGAGAUCCCAUUGCCAUGGCGCUUAAGAAUGCGCCCAGCUCGGCAGAGGAGCUGGCAGCAGCGCUGCAUGCGAUUACACCGGAGCGCGAGGAGGCGGAUGUGCCGCCCACCAUAAAGCACAGAUCACGCAAACUGAUACCGCGUCUCAAAGUCGAGGAGUCUGUGCGCCACAACGUCGUUGUGCAUCCGGAGGAGCGACGAGAGAAAGUCGCAGCGCCGCUGGUCAAGAAGCAGCCGCCGCCACCACCGCCGCAGCAGCCAGCCAAGGAUGAUGGCAAAAACGUGCUGGAUAUGCCUGUGGAGGGGCUGGAGAAAAACCCUGGGGAGAUGGGCAAGCCCGUGGUGCUGCCCAAGGAGAUGUCGCCCGAAAUGAAAAAGGCCGUCGACGAUGGCUGGACGAACAAUGCGUUUAAUCAAUAUGUCUCCGAUCUGAUAUCGGUGCAUCGCACGCUGCCCGAUCCACGUGACGCCUGGUGCAAGGACAGCGCACGCUAUUUGCCCAAUUUGCCCAAGACCGAUGUCAUCAUUUGCUUCCACAAUGAGGCGUGGUCCGUGCUGCUGCGCACAGUGCACUCGGUGCUGGACAGAUCGCCCAAGGAGCUUAUAGGCAAAAUUAUACUCGUCGAUGACUACAGCGAUAUGCCGCAUCUCAAGAAGCAGCUGGAGGAUUAUUUUGCCGCCUACUCCAAGGUGCAGAUUGUGCGUGGCGCGCAGCGUGAUGGACUCAUACGUGCGCGCCUGCUGGGCGCCAAGCAUGCCCAGUCGGAAGUGAUUACCUAUUUGGACUCCCAUUGCGAGUGCACUGAGGGUUGGCUGGAGCCGCUGCUGGAUCGCAUAGCGCGCAAUUCGACGACCGUUGUGUGUCCCGUCAUCGAUGUGCUCGACGAUACGACACUUGAGUAUCAUUAUCGCGACUCUAGCGGCGUCAAUGUGGGCGGCUUCGAUUGGAAUUUACAGUUCAGCUGGCAUGCGGUGCCGGAACGUGAGAAGAAGCGUCACAAUAGCACUGCCGAGCCCGUCUACUCGCCUACAAUGGCCGGCGGGCUGUUCUCCAUCGACCGCAAGUUCUUCGAACGUCUGGGCACCUACGAUUCGGGCUUUGAUAUUUGGGGUGGCGAGAAUCUGGAGCUUUCGUUCAAGACCUGGAUGUGCGGCGGCACUUUGGAAAUUGUGCCUUGCUCCCAUGUGGGUCACAUCUUCCGCAAGCGUUCGCCCUAUAAGUGGCGUUCGGGCGUUAAUGUGCUGAAGAAGAACUCGGUGCGUCUAGCGGAGGUAUGGAUGGAUGACUAUUCAAAAUAUUAUUAUCAACGCAUUGGCAAUGACAAGGGCGACUUUGGUGAUAUAAGCGAGCGCGUAAGGCUGCGCGAGGACUUGGGAUGCAAGAGCUUCAAAUGGUAUUUGGACAACAUUUAUCCGGAGCUUUUUAUACCCGGCGAUGCUGUUGCCAAUGGCGAGAUAAGAAACUUAGGUUAUGGCGGUCGCACCUGCUUGGACUCGCCAUCGGGCAAGCGUAAUCUGAAGAAGGCUGUGGGCUUGUAUCCUUGCCACAAGCAGGGUGGCAAUCAGUACUGGAUGCUGAGCAAAGCGGGCGAAAUACGUCGCGACUCCAGCUGCCUGGACUAUGCGGGCAAGGAUGUUAUACUAUUCGGCUGUCAUGGCUCCAAGGGCAAUCAGUUCUGGGCUUAUCGUGAGAAUAGCAAGCAGCUGCAUCAUGGCUCCUCGGGCAAGUGCUUGGCCAUCAAUGCCAACAAGGAUAAGCUUAUUAUGGAGGAAUGCGAUACCGAUCAGCUGCGUCAGCGCUGGAGCCUGGAGAACUACGACAGCAACAAGUUGUGAGGCUACUUCUAUGCCCAGAGCAGGCGCCGCGCAGCAGCAUAACGAUCGCAGUUUGGAUACAUAGUUGUGCAAUAAGAAUUUGCCAUCGCUUCUUUUGUUUAAGACACACACUUGAACUAUAUUUUAUAAUUUAUAUACUUUGCUGUUUACUUUCGCUUGAGGUUUACUUAGCGCACAUUGUGAAGAAAUAUGAGAACGACUGUUUAUUUUUGUAUAGUAGCUACUAAACGUUUCAAGUUACUUAGUAGUAGUUGUAGCCGUAGCGUUAGUAUUAGCUUUAAGUCUAGGCACACACACACACUUACGUAUGCGUAUGUAUUUUAAUUGUAAGCACUGUUGAGCCCAAAGUCGAGCGAGCUCAGCGUUUCACAAGUCGUAGCGCAAUUUUUGCAUUUACUUUUUAGCACAAUUUUCAAGGCUAACUUUUGUGUUUGAUUUAAAUUGAAGAGCAAUGCAUAUUUGCAAAUUUUAGUUGUAAACUUGUGUAGUACUUAUUCGUAUAUAUAAUAAUAUUUAUGAAUUCUCCAGACAUCAAAUGACUUUGCAAAAGUCGCGUUCCAAAUAUGUUGUUAGCGCAUAAGUUCUAGCCUAAGUCAAUUGUUAUUGUAGUUUAUUUUUUUGGAAAGCAAUUGGUGAUAGCCUUGCAACCUUUGCAACUUGCCCCCAAACAGA